CGCGUCGAUGAGGAAGAGGGUGCGGGGCGAAGUGAAGGCGAAAUCACAAGCAAGCAUGGCCGUGUAGAGAGAGAGAGAGAGAGAGUGAGAAGGGGAGGAAGGUAAAACGAGCGAACCCGCCGAAAGCGCAUAGCGGAUCAUAAUUCGGUGCGCCGCCCCGCAAUCAGAGAGGGGAAGAUAUAAAUGAAGGAGCGGAAGGGAAGAAAAGAAUGCAACGAAGGAAAGGAUAUUUGUUGAGGUAGUAAGUGCCAAAGAAGAGAAAAGAAUGCUAAGAAAGAAAAUAAUUGAAAAAAAUUUAUAUUGGAUUCGUCAACAUUUGGUAAAUGAAGAGUAAUAGUUUGGAAAAAAUAAGUUUUAUUUGUCCAAAAUUUUGUCACUGCCAACUGGAAUGGUGUCAUUACUUUCAUAAUGGAAAAACAGUACGCACCAAAAUUUUGGUUAGUCGGAGGAAAUUUGAGUGAUAUUUAUAUGACGAGUUAAAAAAGAUUUUUUUUUUACUGUUGAUCAAUCUGGCUACUGAUUAGAAACGAUCGACGCCAUUAUUCAUAUCAUUUUUUGUAACAUCAAGUAAUGGUGUUAAUAUCAGAAGAAUAAAAUUCAAAAUUUUUGAAAUUAGGAUAUUUUAAAAGUUUAUAAAAAAAUUUUAUUGUUCAAAAUAAGUUUGAAUUUCUAAUUGAUAAUUUGAGGAAAUUUAUAAGUUAGGUGAAAUUGUAGUUAAAAAUUUUUGUUAUUCAACCCGAAAGGAAAAGUGUAAAAUAAAAUUAGAUAUCUUAGAAUAGAAUCAGAUAAAUUGAUUGAAAAGGGGUAAAAGUGGGUUUAAGGUGAAUCAGACUGAGCACGAUAGCACCGCUGGUGCCCUUGGCCGUGGGUCCCGGGGGGACGGACGCCAUGGCGGCCUCCUCGUCCUCGUCGAGUGGCGAACAACAAUACUCCCUGCGAUGGAACGACUUUCACUCGAGCAUUCUUAGCUCAUUUCGGCAUUUACGAGACGAAGAAGAUUUUGUCGAUGUCACCUUAGCAUGCGAUAGCAGUAGUUUCUCGGCGCACAAGGUUGUUCUCUCAGCCUGCAGUCCGUACUUUCGUAGAUUACUUAAGGCAAAUCCAUGUCAACAUCCAAUUGUCAUUUUGAGGGACGUUGCUUCUUCCGACAUGGAAUCCUUGUUACGAUUUAUGUAUCAUGGAGAAGUUCAUGUAGGACAGGAGCAGCUAGCUGCAUUUUUGAAAACGGCUCAAAUGCUCCAAGUUAGAGGAUUGGCCGAUGUCAGUAGUGGCGCUGCUGCAAAAAUCCCACAAGCACCCUCAUCAACCGGAAACAACGGGAGCGCACCAAACACACCUCGAAAUUCAUGGCAAGAUAGUGGUCGAGGGGAUGCUAACGAAAGUGGCAUUGGUUCACCACCGGAAAAAAGACCGAGAAGUUAUUCUCCUCCAUUAGGAAAUCACAUAGAACCAAAGACAGAUCUUCAAGAGUCUCUUUUAGGACAAGCACUCGAAGGCGGUCCAACGAUACAUACAACACCUACCAACAAUUUACAGGCGCAAUCUACUGGUGAGGAUUCGAAUUCUAUGACAGACAAUGAAGAGGAUACGUCGAAUAAUGACAGUAUUUUAAAUUCAGUCAAGACAGAGCCCAGUGAUAUUCUCAAUGACUCCUUGGAACAUCAUCGUAAUAGUUUUCCAGCUGCAUUGUUGGGACUUCAAGGUUUGAUGCCAGGACCGUCAGGAAUUCAUGCAGCAAAUCAGGAUCCAAAUUAUGAUGACGGGCUCAAUGAUGCGGAUGGCAUGGCUUACCACCACCACCCCCACAGCCAUCACCAGCAACGUCAGCAUCAACAUCACCUUGAGACUCCUUCUCAUCUCCAGCCAAGUGACGAACUGGACGAUCACAAUCAAGUCAAGUUGCAGAGAGCUCAACCGCCCGACUAUCGGCAGCAGAGGAUGCUGAGGGAACACCAUCGUCAGCACGGAUAUCGUUGUCCCCUUUGCUCUAGAACUUUACACGACAUUGGUACCAUGCGAGCUCAUUUAGAACACCACUAUCCCAGAGAUUCUCCCACUUGUCCAGUUACAUCCUGCGCUAAAACCUUCUCCCAUCCAAACAGUGUCCGCAAUCACAUGAGACUCAAGCAUCCGGUACAGUGGGACCAAAUUAAAACUCUGAGGUGGACCUAUGUGUGAUCGAAUGAACAAAAUUCAUAAAUGCAAUUGUUUAAGGAAGUUUCAAGGUAACCAAAGGUAUUUAUUCCGUGCAAGAUUCCGACUGAUCAAUUAAGUAAUGUCAUACUUUUUACUUCCUUUUCUAACUCUCGAUUUCAUGCUGCAGGGCUUGUGUGACAAUGUUUUUACAUCAUUUUUACGUCGAGUCUUGAAAAAAGUGGUAUUUGUGAGACAGAAAUAGAAUUGUUAGGACAAUUUAAGAAAAGAAGUGUAAUUAUCAAAAGUGGUUUAAACGCAGGAUUUAGUAAAAGACGCAAGAAUGAAGUAACGCCUACAAUCGAGGUUUUAGUUCCUGUGACUUGUGUAACUAAUAAAGCUAUCCUUCUAAAAAAAUCGAUAGAAACCAAUUAAAACUAAUUGACCCAUUUUCAAAUCAACUUUGGAUUUUUGAGUUAUUCAGUUAUGGAUUUAAUUAUGUUUCUCAAAUAAAUUGCUAUCAGUUUCAAUCAGAUUCUAUCGAUUGGUAAUGCCUAUUUAGAAGGUUUAAUUUUUUGACAACACUAUAUAAGAUUAGCUAGAUCCCAUAGUCAGUGCUUGGAAACAUUUCAGUAUUUUUCAAUAAUUACUACUCUCUAAAUUUGAAUCAGCUAAAAUCCGCUGAUUGGCAGCGAAUAGUCGCUGAUUGAAAAAGCUAUAAGUAUGCAGCUGCGAAUCAGCGACUAACAACUAUUUCAAUCAGCGGAAUACUCCAUUUUAAAAAUAAAUUUAUCUUCCGACGAAAAUGACCGACGUUCGCCGAUUCGUGUUUCGCUAUUUUAUUAGCUGUAUCCGCUGAUUUGCAGUGAAAACUUUAUUUGCUGAUUCAAACAGUGAAAUUUUAGCUAAUUCAAAUUUAGAGAGUAACACUUUUUGAGAGUAAAGAAAAUAGUUUUUCACAAGAAGAAUUAAAGUAAUUUGGUUCGACUAAAAAAUUUCUUUGGCUGUAUUAAACUUUCAAUAUACUGAAACUUUAGGAAAUGUUCCAAAAAUAUAUUUAGAAUUGUGUGGACUUAAACUCAAAAGUGCAGAGAAUUAAAUUAAUUUGUAAAUCAGCUAACCUAAAAUACGGCUUCAAAUAAUAAGUAAAGAAAAAUUAAAAAGAAAAACUUAUAAUUAAAAUAAAUUAGAAUCUAUUUUCUACAUAAAAUAUAAUAUAUUAUAAAAGAAUUUUAGUAGCAUUAUCGUUUUUAUCACAUAAACAAAUAUUAUUUGGUCCAUAAAUUUCAAUUAAUAUGGAAAAUAUUUUGUUAAAUUAUAUUAUUUUUAUAAUUAUUAUAUAAAUAUAUUUAAUGAACUUUUAAGAGUAAAAUUUUAUUUUGCCAAAAAAAUACCAAGUCAGAGGGGAAAAAACUUUGAGAUUAUAAAUCUCACAUUUAUUUUCUGAACAAUGAAGUCUAGUUCUUAUACUUAAUAAUAAGCUGCGUAAACAUUGUGAAAUAGAAAUGGAUGAUUUCUUUUAUACAUGUAUAUAUCUAUAUAUAGCUGUCUGCUCCAUGGGGAAAGCGCACAUUUGUACAUAUACCAGAAAACAAACGAAUGUAUAUUAUUAAUAUUAAUUAGAGACAGGACUCCAGAGCAAACUGAAGGAUUAGUUUAGUAUACGGUAGGAUAGCCAGUUGAAUUAUUAUUAUUACUAAAGAAAAUGAUGUGUAUGCAACUUAUACGUUCUGUGAGUAUUUUCUUCCUAUAGUCUCUGUACAUGUGUUGGAUGUACAUAUUUUCACUUGGCAAAUGAGUCAUCAGUGCGUUUUUCGACUCGACUACACUCUGUUAAAUAGAGAAGUUGUUUAUAAUUUUGGGAACUCAUAUUCAAAUUUUAUUUAUUUCAUUUAAAAGGUUUAAACAUUGAGUGUCAUUUCAUUGAAAAUCGAGAUUUAUGCAUAUUACAUUUAUGUAUAUAUUACAGCAAAGUCGAUUGACAGUGAAUAGUUUCAAUAAAUGUAAAAUUGAAGAAUAGAAUUGCAAUUUCACUUUUCAAACAAGGUUUCAUAAUAGCCGUCUUAAAAUAAAAUUUGAUUUUUCAAAUGAAGAAACGAUUUCUCUAAAAUAAUAAAUUAUUUUCUAUAAUCGAACUUUGCUGUGCAAAUGCACUAGACACCCGAUUUACUACACUGAAAUUUAUUUUCUGAUGCAAAUGAAGUCAAUCCAGUUCAAAAAUCAAAACAAAUAUUACCAUUAUACUAAAUAAAAUUUUGAUAAAUUGGGAUUCUAGUGUAUGCAAGAAAAUAUCUUCAUAAAGAAAUAGUCGAGUCAAGGUAAUGUUUGUAUAAAAAUUGAACGUAUAUAAUUUUAUUUUAUCCAACAUGAUCUAAUCUGAAAAAAGAUUAUUAAUUUGCUAUGUAAUGACAUAAUAAAAAGAGUACUCUUUGAGUAAACUAAGUAUGUACAAUGAAGUAUUGGGGCAUUGGACAAAGAUUGUUUAUCGAUAUAUUCACCAUCUAAGUUGAAUAGUCAUUUUAUGUAAAAUUAUAUGUAAGUGAAUUGCAUCUAAAGAAAGACGCAAUAAUGUGUCUUCAGAGAGAGAGGCUUGAAAGCGCAUUGACCUAAGAGAAUCUAGCCUUAUUCUUCUACUUUGUUUCCUUACAGUAUUUUUUUAGUUAAAGUAGAUUUUAAAGUUGAAGAAAAUAUAAUACAUUCGUAGUUACUAUUACAAAAGAAAAGAUUACAAAUGUAAACGUCAUGUUUUAAAUACAUUUACUUCGCAUAACGUUGUCACUUAAAAUUUGUGCUAACAAAUGAGAAGUAACAAUUUUUAAUAAGAAAAAAAAUGUAUUUUUUGAUAAAACGUUAUGAGAAGAUGCAUUUUCAUGUAUAAGAGAGAUAUCGUAUUCGCGUCAUUAACUGUGAAAAUAAUAAUAAUAAUGAAAUAUUUUGGAAUUUAAAUAAAGUCAUAACUGAAAUAUCAAAAUGCUUCAAUUUUCAAGAUAUUUUCACAAUCCGUGACACGAGACGAGGUACAAAACACAUUGUAUAAAGAAUUGAACACAAUUCAUCAAAUUAAAUAAUUACUAUUUAAGUAAUGAUUUGUUUAAUAAAACAUUUUAAUUCAA